AUGAGCCGAAAGCGUGCUCGCACAGAGCUCGUAGCUUCCCGAUCUUCCGACUCGGGUAUUGCCUCCCUUUCCCAUUCCCAAUCCGACUCGCUUCUGACUCUCGACUCCCAGCCAGACCCUUCUUCAUCCUCCGCACCUGCUUCCCACGUGCCCAGCAUCUCUUACGACCGACCUCAGCUCGAUACGUACACUUGGAGAUCGUCUUUGCCGAAAAGAUGCAAGGAGGAACCUUGUGUGCUUGGAGUGGAUGAGGCUGGCAGGGGACCCGUCUUGGGUCCGCUAGUCUACGGCAUCGCGUACUGCCCUUUGGCUUUCCACGAUUUGCAGCAUGGUGGCCUGAAGGACGUGGGCUUUGCGGGUGAGCGAUGCACAAAUCUGCUCCGAGACGCUUGAUGAGGCGCUCAAACCCAUGACCCGCUCGCAGACUCGAAAGCGUUGACGGCGGAGCGCAGGGACGCCCUUUUGAAUUCUUUGCAAGCUUUUCCGGAUACGCUCGGUUGGGCCGUCAGGAGCAUGUCGCCGCAGGACAUCAGUUCGGGUAUGCUGCGGAGGAGGCCUGUCAAUCUCAACGCUCAGAGUCUUGCUGCUACGAUGGAACUCAUUCAGGGCACGCUCGAUGCAGGCGUUAAUGUGGUACACGUGAGUGGCUGAUCUGUCGCUGUCUUUGAGCGACGAGAGUCCUUUGGGCUCACCCUCGCAUCGCAUACAUGCACCAGGUCUACGUCGAUACCGUGGGAGAUCCCAAGUCAUAUCAACGACAGCUAUCUUCUGCCUUUCCCAAACACAUCCAAUGGACCGUGACUUCGAAAGCAGACGCACUCUUCGAGAUCGUGGGUGCAGCAUCGAUCGCUGCAAAAGUGACGCGAGACGCCGCUUUGGACGCCUGGCUUUACGCCGAGAAGGGCAUGAACGUGCGCGAGCCUUCUCGACAAGCCACAGAGUCUCGCGAGAAAUAUCUGCGUGAUCAUUGGGAGACAGGAAGCGGGUAUCCUGGUGAUCCAAAGACUGUCGCUUUCCUCAACAGGACGAUGGACCCGGUCUUUGGAUAUCCCGGAAUUGUACGUUUUAGCUGGGCGACGGUCAAGACGUUGAUGGAGGACAGGGUGCCGUUGAAGCGCAACAGGAAUGGAGAAGCUGCCACAAAUUCUGACACAGGCAGGGAGAGGUCAUGGGACACCUGUACCAUCAGACCUGCUGCCGGAUGCAGAAGAGCGUACACCAUCAAAUGGAACGACGAACCUCUGACCAUCAACAAAUUUUUCAGCGCGAAACCCAAAGCUGUCGCCGUCUCGGGUGCGAGCAGAGCUGCACAGAACAUCGCGGCUGGUGAUGAGGCGGACAAGGCCAGAUCGAAGCUUGCGAGGGAGCUGGGCUUGCAGAGCGUUGGUGGCCUCUGA